AUGACGACACCAUCGAGCUCCCGUCUCCCCAAAACCCGCCAGUCCCUCCCUCCCCACGCCCACCACCCACUAGCCCAACAAACCGACCCCUCCUCCUCCUCCUCCGCCACCGCGGCCGCCUCUCCACAACUCCCACCCCGCCAUCUACCCCUCCGCGACCGCCGCUCCACCCCCUCCACCGCCGCCCUCUUCCGCGCGACCCUCACCCCGCCCGGCUCCCGCUCCGCCUCUCCCGCCCCAUCCACCUCAACAACAGCAACAACCACAAACACUUCCAACAUGCUCCCCAUGACGGGCUCCAUCUUCGGCGCCGCCUCGCUCGCAGGCCCCUCCUCCUCCUCCUCGCUCGCCUCCUCCUCCGGCCCCUCCCCCUCCACCGCCAAACACCUCUCCCUGCUCGACACCGGCGCCGCCGACGACCCCAACGACCCGCUGCAUCUGAUGCUGCGCAGCCUGGUGCCACACGUCGCCAUCCAUGCGUCGGAGGACGUGAAUGGCCUGGUGAAGGAGAAGGGCUUCUUGGGCGGCCUGUGGGAGCUGCUGAGGCCGUUUGGGGAGCGUGUGCAUGGGCGCGUGAUGGUCAGGGAUAGUAAUGGCGCGGCGAAGGCGUGGGAGGAUUUUGCGGUGAGGUUUGUGAGGUUUGGGGAGGGCGUGGAGGAGCCGGAUGGUGGGGGGGUUGUUGGGUUGAAUGGGCAGGUGGUUGGGGCUGGGGCUGGGGCUGGGGCUGGGGUAGGGAGGGGUGUUGCGGGUGUUGCGGGUGGUGGUGCUGGUGGUGGUGUUGGUGGGGGAGGGAGGAGGGAGGUUCUUGCGCAGGUUGAGACGGUCGUGGAGAGGCAUUUGCGGUUUGCUGAGGAGGCGUAUGUCGGCAGUGCGCCGUCGCCGGGCGUGUCGCCUGCGAGGCAGGGACUGGAUAUCAAUGCGACCUCACCGUACUAUGCGCUGUACCUCCGGCGGUUGCUGUCCGGGAUGCCUCUAGCGUCCCACGAGUCGUUUGCCCACCCCGUGGCGUGCGUCAUGGCCAUCAGCUCGCGGCAUCCCGCGCCUAUUGAGGCGCUGCAGAAACUGUACAGGGAAACGAGCCAGGGUGAGCGCAGCCUGCCGCCUUGGGUGGAUGGUGAGUACCUGCGGUAUUACGUCCUAGUGCAUGACGAGGAGAAUGGCGACAUCACCAAGUCGAUGGCGCUGUUUGACCAGAUGAAACGGAAUUUCGGACUGCACUGCCACCUGCUGAGGCUACGUAGCACGCGGAGCGCCGAGACCGACGAUGACAGCAUACCCCUCCCGAGGAGCGACUGGAUGACGGCAGCUGAGGAACUGGCCGAUAUCGAGGCGAGUGAGACACGAGAAGAUUUUGAAGAUCCCACAAGGUACAUUUUCGAAUCAGAUGCCACAGCAAUACGGACUUUCGUGCGGGAGAUGGUUACACAAUCAGUGGUCCCGACCAUGGAACGGAAUAUCUCGGUGUGGAACGACCAGGUAGCAUCGCGCCGCCGAGGCAUCAGCGGACGAUUUAUGAGUUUGUCGAAGAGGUGGACGUUUGGGAGUUCAAGCCGUAGCUCGUCGGCCGGCGGUUCCAGCUCGUCGAGCAACUACGAUGCCACCGGGUUCUACCGGGCGGAUAGCCCCGAAGCCAUCAUGCGGCGGCUGGCCGACUUCGCCUUCAUGCUCCGGGACUGGAAACUGGCCAUGUCGACAUACGAGCUCUUGCGUGGUGAUUUCCAGAACGACAAGGCCUGGAAAUACCACGCGGCCGCCAACGAGAUGGCCGCCCUGGCGCUACUCAUCAUGCCACAAAACAUGUCAUCCAAAACCCGCAUCGAGACCAUCAACCAGAUGCUCGAGCAGGCAUUUUAUUCCUACCACAUCCGCUGCAACUCGCUCUACGGCGCCGCGCGGUGCACCAUGCUGGCGCUGGAACUCCUUCGUCUCCGCGGGGGCUCUGGGAUAGACGAGGCCGUCCGCUGGGGCAUCAGGGUCCUGGAGUCCAAGCUGAUGGGCCCGAUCGGCGACGCCCUUCUGAGAGAGCGCAUGGCGGUGUGCUACGCCUCGAAGCAAGGGGUCGGGUCACAGUCCUGGGGGAACAGGCGACGCAAGUCGGCUCUGUGGAGCGUGCUCAGCGCCAAGGCCUGGGUUGCCCAGGGCAAGUAUGUCCAGGGCCAGAAGUGCCUGAAGGCGGCACGUGCUAUGCAUGCGCGCCUGCCCGGCGAGAGCGGCGUGCAGAGGUUUGCGGUGGCUAGUGAUUUCCUGGCGCAUCUCAAUGACCAGAUCAAGGCCGGCUUGAGCGGAGAUUAUGAAGAGGCCGGGUCGCUCGAGGUGGAGGUCGAUGAGGAGAGCGAGACCCUGGACAAUACACGCGCGAGGAGGGCUAGCCUGAUUGCCCCCGUUGGAGGCAGCACCGGGUUAGAGACGGCGCCCCUGAACGAUACGAAGCCGGGUAUGAUGCCGGGCGAUGAAGGGGACGCUUCUUCCCCUAACGAUGGGUUUGGUUGA